AUGGAUAGUGUAGCUUACUUAGUUUCAUAUGGCUGGAAAGAAGGCGAGCCCUUGAAAGAAGGUGGUCUCAAAAAACCAAUAUUGGUUGCUCAUAAAAAGGACAGAAAAGGUCUUGGUCACAAGAAAAACGAUCCAGAUAAUUGGUGGGAGAGAUUGUUUGAUGGUCAAUUGAAAUCUCUUGAAUUGAAUGUUUCAGCAGACAGUAAAACUGGUAAUGAAGAGAUCUCAUUUAAGCAAAAUGAAUAUCAAGCCAGUUCAAUGGAAAAAUCUAGCAAUCCUCUUUACACAAAAUGGUUUGUGAAAGGUGAAGGAUUGAAAGGAACCUUG